AUGUAUGCUCAACCCACGUUAGAGCCGAUCGCCAUCGUGGGCAGCGGUUGCCGGUUUGCGGGAGGCGCCACUUCGCCAUCCAAACUAUGGGAUGUAUUGGUCAAUCCGGCUGAUCUCUCACGAGAGGUACCGAGUAAUCGGUUCAAUGCCAAAGCCUUCUACCACCCAGAUGGUGAAUACCAUGGCACCACGAACUCGAUCAAGGCGUAUUGGCUCAAGCAGGACCAUCGAGUUUUCGACGCCACCUUUUUCAACAUCACCCCGAAGGAAGCUGAGGCUAUUGAUCCUCAGCAGCGACUCCUCCUCGAGGUCGUAUACGAAGCCAUGGAAUCGGCGGGCUACACACUGCCACAAUGUUCGGGACAGGAUGUAGCCGUAUUUGCGGGCGUGAUGACGGCAGACUAUGACACGCUUUCCCAACGCGAUGAACUAUCAGCCAGCCAGUACUAUGCAACAGGAAACGCGCGGUCCAUCAUCGCGAACCGCAUAUCCUACUUUUUCAAUUUCCGCGGCCCAUCCAUGACGAUUGAUACGGCCUGCAGCUCAUCACUUGUGACGCUCCACCAGGCCGUGCUGAGCCUACGGUCAGGGGAAAGUACCAUGGCCUGCGUCACUGGCGUCAACUUGAUGAUCACGCCCGAGCAAUUCAUCGUCGAGUCCAACCUACACAUGCUAAGCCCAACAGGUAAGAGUCGAUUCUGCGACGUCGACGCGGACGGGUAUGCGCGUGGUGAAGGAGUGGCGGCGCUGUUCCUCAAACCCCUGUCCAAGGCGUUGGCAGAUGGCGAUGAGAUCGAAGGGAUCGUACGUGAAACAGGGAUCAACUCGGACGGGAGAACAAAGGGCAUCACCAUGCCCAAUCCGAAAGCCCAAGCAGCGCUCAUCAGAAAAACGUACCGGAAGACGGGACUGGAUCCGCGAAGCUACGACGACCGAUGCCAGUAUUUCGAGGCGCACGGUACGGGUACACAAGCUGGAGACCCUACAGAGGCGGCAGCGAUACAUGAAGCAUUUUUUGGGUCUAUCGACAACGGAUCCCCCCAGAAGACUGCAGUUGAAGAUACAGGUAAUGGGAACGACGCAGCUAGGAAGAUGCUGGUGGGAUCGGUCAAGACGGUGAUUGGGCAUACCGAAGGCGCAGCUGGACUAGCAGGGGUGCUUAAGGUCUUGCAAGCCAUGAAGCACAGAUAUGUUCCUCCCAAUCUGCAUCUCAACCAACUAAACCCCGGCGUCAAACCUUUCUACACGCAUUUCGAAAUUCCCACAGUACUAACAUCAUGGCCCGAUACACCCGUGGAUCAGCCCAGAAGGGCCAGCGUCAAUUCGUUUGGAUUUGGGGGCACUAACGCUCAUUGCAUUAUCGAGUCGUACAUCCCUCGCAUUCAUGAUAACGUUGGUCGUCACUUUUCUGACAACUCGACAACGUCGGUUUCUCGCUGCCAUUUGCACGAGACUCAGAUUGCAGCUGGUACACCGCAGUUUUGCUUACCUCUCUGCUUCUCAGCAACCUCGGAAAGGUCGCUCAGAGCUGUCGUGGCAUCCUUCAGAGACUACCUGCACACCCAUCCUCAUGUCUCGAUCGGUGAGCUGAGCUGGAACUUGUUCUCGCGGAGAACAGCCCUGCCCCAUCGAGCUGCUCUCUCAGCGAAUUCUAGAUCGCAUGGCCUCAAGCUCUUGGAGUCUCUUCUUGAGAAGUCAGCUUAUCCAAACGACGUUGGCGUCCGGUCAAAGUCCGUCGACGAGAAGCAACGGAUUCUCGGCGUCUUCACCGGUCAGGGGGCGCAAUGGGCGACUAUGUCGCGGUCGCUGUUGCUAUCGAACAAGGUCUACCGGCAGACAAUCCGCAACCUAGAUCAAGUUCUCCAAACCUGCCCCGAUCCGUCCUCUUGGGGCUUGGAAGAGCAAAUACUGGCCGGCCAUGAUGUCUCCCGGGUGCAUGAAGCCGCCAUUUCUCAGCCUUUGUGCACCGCCCUGCAGAUCGGAAUUGUCGAUGUCUUGAGAAGCCUUGGUAUUGAAUUUCACACAGUCAUUGGCCAUUCUUCUGGAGAAAUCGCCGCUGCAUAUACUGCAGGUAGACUAACUGCCCGAGAUGCGAUCUUAAUCUCCUAUUAUCGAGGCCUAGGUGCUCAUCUGGCGGGAGGAAGUGAAGGCCAGCAAGGCGGUAUGUUGGCAGCAGGACUGUCAGAAAGUGAAGCUUUGAGAUUCUGUCGCGAUCCAACAUUUGACGGUAGAAUUUGCAUUGCGGCAAGUAACGCACCGUCAAGUGUCACGCUGUCGGGAGAUCUGGAAAUGAUACACUUGGCGCGAGACCAGUUGGCUGAGCAGAACAAGUUUGCAAGGUUGCUGCUUGUUGACACGGCGUAUCAUUCACCUCACAUGACGCGAGCUGCCACCGAAUAUGUGAGGGCGUUGCGGCGAUGCAACAUCUCGCCCCUGGCCGAGGGCAAUGGCACAAAGUGGGUAUCGAGUGUUCGCCGUUUCUCUAGAAUGGGAGUGGAGGAUCUCGCCGCCGGAUACUGGAAAGACAACAUGGUAUACACGGUCCAAUUUUGCGACGCGAUCGAGGAAGCCGUCUCGGAAUAUGGGCCCUUCGACUGCGCAGUCGAGAUUGGACCACAUCCGGCACUCAAGGGACCUUUCGCACAAACGAUCAAAUCAAGUCUGGGGACAACAGUUCCUUACUCAGGUACUUUGGACCGGUCUAAGGAUGACACCUUGGCGUUCUCAGACCUUUUGGGGUUUCUUUGGUCUCACCUAGGCCCUUCAGCCGUCAAACUGUGUCACUACAUCGAACAGUCUCAUGAUCCAGCGCUUUUGGAUUGUCGCUUAAAAGACAUGCCCACAUAUCCCUGGGACCACUCGCAGAUCCACUACAGGGAGUCUCGUAUUUCUCGUCAAUAUCAUUUCAAGACGGAAGCGCCGCAUGAACUUCUGGGUGUUCGGACACGGGACGACAAUGACUAUGAGCUUCGGUGGCGAAAUAUCCUCAGAACCGACAAGAUACCAUGGCUGGAACAUCACAGCUUCCAGGGUCAGGCUCUCGUGCCUGCGUCAGCCUAUUGCAUCAUGGCUAUGGAUGCAGCUCGCGCAAUUUUGCAGCGCAGACCCGCAUCGCUUAUCGAGAUUCGAAAUUUGCACAUCAUCAAUGGAAUCAGCGUCGAGUCCGACUCGCCAGGGGUGGAGGUACUGUUCUCGCUAAGCGUUGUCUCGAAUCCUAAGGAACGCAAAUCACCGGAUGUGAUUGAGGCCCGUUUCACACUGACAUCCUGCCCAGCCGAUGGAACCACGACCAUGAAGAAGAACAUGGAAGGCAGCCUGUUCAUCCGUUUGGGCAGCCCCAGUGGCGAUGCGCUGCCACCACGACAGCCUUGUUGUUCAGAAACACUGCCAGCAAGUCCUGAGGCUUUCUACCGAAUGAUGGAUGCGACUGGACUGGUCUAUUCUGGGCCCUUCAGGUCUUUGCAGUCAAUUGAGCGUCGCUUUAAUUACUCCUCAGCUAGAUUGAGGUGGUGGCAUCCCGAAGACACGACGACGCUCUCAAUCAGCCCGGCAACUCUGGAUAGUUGUUUACAAUCGGCUUUCUUGUCCUAUUCUUCUCCCGGUGAUAGGUCUCUAUGGACUUCAUUCCUUCCCACUCACAUCGAAUGCAUUCGAUUUAACCUCGCCACUUGCGAUGGGAGAUCGUCCAUGUCCAACGAUGAGACUCUGACGGUCGAUACGCACUUGACAAACGUACAAGCGACAACUCCCGAUUCCAAAGCCAUCAUUGUUACUGAUGUUGCGAUUUGCAAUGAACUGGGAGAAACCACCAUCCAGGUCGAAGGACUUGCAGUUUCCUCUUUUGCAAACACCCGGCCCGAAGAUGACUACGAGCUGUAUCUCCACACCGUCAUGGACGUGGAUCCCACUGAUGAAAUUGUCCAAGGUUCCAUUGACACCAUUUCCGAUGUCGAUCCUUGCCUUGUUGAAAGCUGCGAAAGGGUCGCGGCUUUCUUCUCUCGAAACAAUACCAAGUUGAGUCCACUUGGACGCCUCGCAAGAAGCUGGAGCCAGAGAAUGAAGCCAAAGACCACGCCAGAGAGCUGGCUGACAGAUACGAGGGACACGAUCGACCACUUCAUUGCCAGCUCUCCUCAUCACACGUCAUUGGUCCUGAUUACAACUCUGGGCAGUGUCUUGCCUGACAUUUUGCCAAGCGUGGUGCCUCUCGUGGUCGAAGAUGCCCAUCAUCAAUUUCAGUCCAAUCAACAUACCGCAAGGAUUGUAAGGCAGAUUGCUCAUCGAUAUCCAAGAAUGAAUAUCCUCAGCCUCGUCGAACCAGAGCUUGGACUCACCAGGCACAUUCUGUCAAAUUUGAAUGGAUCAUUCCUGUCCUACACGGUAGGUUCCGAGGCCGAACACCAUUAUGACCAGACUCUGUCCGAAAUGCAUUCGAUCCGAGAGAAGGUCUAUAUGACCCCGUUCAAUAUGAAGGGCGAAACCGGUGAUGAUUCAACAACUGAGAUACUGCAUGAUCUUGUCAUCCUUUCAACAUCGCUCCUGGAGACGGGCAAUGCGGCCGAAGCUUUGAAGCAUGUUCGCGCUGCCAUGAGCGACGGCGGCUUUCUGAUUCUCAUCCACGACUCCCGGACUCCACUGAAAGAUCGAUUGCGGCGCCUUACCGGGAUUCAGUUCAAUGGCUUCGAGCUAGCCACUCCGCCAGAAUGGCCCGACGUCCUGGACAUGUGUGGUUUCAGACGGGUAGCUAGGAACUCAGACCAGUUCUAUGCUUCAGGGGUUUCUAUCAGUGUGCGCCAAGCAAGCGUCCCACGGAUGCAGCUGCUUAUCCAAUCCAACGAGACGACACAAAGUCUUAUAACUGACCGCCUCUUGAUAAUUGGUGGCCUGGGAGAGAACACCCGGCGCUUAUGUCAAGGACUGCAACAACAUUUAUCACGGCAGUGCGGAUCGAUCUCAAUCAAGGAAUGCUUCGAGAGCGUCGAUUCGAGAACCCUCGCCACCUGUACGGCAGCCAUUGUGUUGGCCGAUCUUGACGAACCUGUCAUGUCUACUAUGACUGAGCAACGACUGGAGAUGUUCAAGAGCCUCUUCAGGCCGAUGAUGACGAUACUCUGGCUCACGCACGACGCACGGUCUGGGAGGCCUGACCAUGCGGCUACGUUUGGCUUCACUCGUACCAUCACGGCCGAGGUCCCUGACUUGACACUUCAGGUCUUGAACUUGGAGCAGCUUGAAAAUACUGAGAGUACGAUUGCCCAGACGUUCCUCCGCCUGACUGAGCCCCAACCUAACAGUAGGAGGGCAUUGUGGACCAGAGAACCGGAAGUUCAUAUUGAGAAAGGACGACGGAUGAUUCCGCGCCUAUUACCGCUUCGCACAUCAAACGAACGAAUCAAUUCGGUACGGCGUGUAGUAUUGAACCCGGUCAACACUUUGGAAAGCACUGUCGAGGUCGUGUCGCACAAGAAUGUCGACGGCGCGUUCCGGUAUGAAGCAAAGAAGUCAGGCGUUAUCCCCCAGAGAGACCCACAUCCUGGUCAUGUUUUACUUCAAGUCAGCUACAGCUCAGUCAAUGAGAUACGACUGAGCCCCGGGUUCUCGGCAUAUGUUUGCUCAGGAUGCAAUGUGUUAACCGGGGAGGCCACCAUCGCGCUGUCGCCCAGCAACGCAUCGUACAUCGAGGUCCCAGAAUCACAAGCUUAUGGUAUGGGAGACGCCUCGGUCAGCAUGGUGCAUUUGGUUAAUAUCUUGGCACGGUAUCUGGCAGCCUAUGCUGUCAGGAAUCAGGCCUGUGGACAACUCGUUGCCUUGAUUGCGCCAGAUUCUCUCUUUGCAGAAUGUGUUGAGGAAGUGGUAUCUGAAGACGGUGGCGGUGUAACCAUAUACACCACGGGGUCCUCGAAAACGGCUUCACACCGACGUUUCCAAAUCCACCCUUAUGCUUCGAGCAGGCAGCUACAGGUGAUGUUACCAACUGGCAGUGCUGUAGUCUACAGCUUUCUCCAUGAAGGGACUGAUUUGGCAGAGAAGAUUACUAGUAUUCUUGCCCAAACUUGCGAGUACCAUACCCGCGCCUCUCUCGUCGGCUCUGAAUGUCCGAAUUUUGGUGGGGAUGGCUUCUCAGGGAUCGAGCCCGUUUGGCGUGCAGCGUUAUCGAAGGCGGUAGAGAACUUAUCAAUCAAGUCGCAAGACACCGACAACUCUAGGCUGAUGCCAUUGCCCCAACUGCUGUCGGGUACUGGUGUUGCAUCCCCCUUCAGCAUCAUUGACUGGCGAGCCAAACGCAACGCAUUCCAGCUGGUGAAGCCACUGAUCGAAGAGAAUCUUCUCCAGGGCAACAAAACGUACGCCAUUGUUGGGCUGACUCGUGACUUCGGUCAUAGUCUCUGCCGCCUGUUCAUUCAACACGGCGCGCGAAACAUCGUCCUCGCCAGCAGAAAUCCAAAUCUGGCGCCCAAGUGGAAGGACGAACUCGCGUCAUCCCACGGAGCAAAUAUCAAGAUCGAAAAAAUGGACGUCAACGACAUGGACGAUGUGCUGGCAUUCAAAGCAAGGAUUUCCGCGUCGAUGCCUCCAGUAGUCGGAGUAGUUAACGGCGCAAUGGUACUAGAGGACCGGGUCUUCGCCCAGAUGACCAUCGAUAACUGGAACCGCGUGACUCGACCCAAGAUGGUCGGCUCAAAGAACCUGGACAUGGCUUUCACUGACACAAGCCUGGAUUUCUUCAUCAUGACCUCGUCCUUCGCCGCCAUCGGGGGCCAUCCGGGACAGUCCAACUAUGCAGCUGCCAAUAUGUACAUGAACGGCCUCGCGCUGAAUCGGCGGAAAUGCGGACUAGCGGGUUCGGUCCUGAACAUCGGCGUUAUAUAUGGCCUCGGUCUGCUGCAGCGCGAGAAGGAAGAGCUGUACGCCGGGCUCGAGCAGGAAGGCUACCCACCGAUCUCGGAGCGGGAUCUCCACCACAUGUUCCUCGAGGCCAUCGUGGCGGGUAGGCCGGGCGUCCCGAAUCAGCCUGCCGACAUCACGACGGGGUUGAGCAGAUUCAAGUGGGGCAGCGAGAAUCCCUUGCAUUGGCAUUUAGAUCCUAGGUUCAGUCACUACACUGUCGCCAUUGACUCGCAUGACUCGGUACAGGAUAUUAAGGCGCAGAGGAAUCUGAAAGAUGACCUGUCGGGUCUGCAUGAUGCAGAGCCGAUGGCUGAGACGAUCAUGGGCCCUUUCCUUGAACGUCUGGAGGUGCUGCUGCAGUUACCCAAGGACGCAAUCAAUAGACACCAGAGCAUGUCCGAGCUGGGGGUCGACUCGCUUGUUGCGGUCGAUGUACGGAAUUGGAUAUGGAAAAUGGUGGGCCGAGAUAUGGCCGUGUUGAAGAUUUUGGGUGCGAGUAGCAUUCACCGACGUUAGUAUUCACCAUCUUAAUCCCCUUGCCGCAACCCCUUGCCGCUGCGCACACUUCACGAAGCUGAGCUGAUGACGUCAAAAGUAUGUCAGGAAAUAGCAAAACAAAUAUUAGCUGCAAGGACCGAAGGAGACUCCGCUUCAAGCAUAGAAACACCCGUCACUUCUAGUAU